AUUACCAGGUUCUCUGACAGUCACUUUACUAUAUUUUUUCUGGGUGCAAUCUGUAGGCAGAAGCAAUCAGUUAAACAAAUGGGGGCCCUAUUCUUACUAAUAAUUGCUGCCAUACUUCUAAGCUUUGGAGAAGGUUCUGGCAGGGAUUCUAGUGGCACUAACCCAGAUCAAGUUCUCUUUCAUGGAAUCAUUCCUGUUUUAGUUGCUUCUGUGCUCUCUGGUCUGGCUUCUUCUCUCUGUCAGUGGGCUUCUCAUGUAAAGAAACACAACUCAUGCUUAAUGACUGUGGAAAUGUCUAUAGUUGGAAGCCUGUCAGUGGGCUUCUUCUCUCUGUCAGUGGGCUUCUCAAUUGGAAGCCUGUGCUUAUUGGCAAGUAUGUCUAAGUCUCCAGAUGGAGAAGCCAUCAGACAGCAUGGGUUUUUUCAUGGUUGGACCGCAUUGACUGUGGUUCAAGUGGAAUGCUCAGAUGCAUGAUUCGGCCGCUUAACCUGCUUUUUUCCCACACCCUCCGUGAAGGUAACUCUGUCGCGGAUGCUCUAGCAAAGUUAGGUAGUGAUAAACAGGCUGACUACCUUUAUCGCUCUAGAGCCGAUCUCCCGAGACACAUUAGAGGCUCCCUU